CAAAAUUUCAUUAUAUAACAUCAUCCACCGCCAUUUAUUUUCUUUUACCCUUAAACCCCUUCUUUCAAAUUUCUCUCGCACAAAAUAUUGCACCCUUCUUAUUCUCUCUUAUAUUAAAUGAAUAACCUCAAUCCGGUGGCUUUAUGUUUCCUUGCAGGCUGCGCCGUGUUCUUCGCCACCACGACGGCUCAGAAUGCGAGCACCGUGCCGGUGGACGUUGGGGUGGUGUUGGAUAUGGAGAGUUGGAUUGGGAAGAUGGGGUUGAGUUGUAUCGACAUGUCGCUUUCGGACUUCUACUCUCUUAAUCCUCACUAUAAAACCAGAAUUGUUCUUCACCCUAGAGAUUCCGGCCGAGAUGUCGUCGGAGCGGCGGCUGCAGCUGUUGAUCUGAUAAAGAACAAUAAAGUUCAUGCAAUUUUGGGACCAACGACUUCAAUGCAAGCCAACUUCGUGAUCGAGCUCGGCCAGAAAGCUCACGUCCCCAUCCUCACCUUCACCGCUUCCAGCCCCGCUCUCGCCUCCCUACGCAGCCCCUACUUCUUCCGUCUAACCCAAAACGAUUCUGCUCAAGUCACCGCGAUUAGCGCUCUCGUCAAAUCCUAUAAUUGGAGACAGGUAGUUCCGAUCUACGAAGACGACGAAUUUGGAGACGGGAUGUUACCGUACUUGAUCGACUCGCUACAGAGCGUGAACGCGCGCGUUCCGUACCGGAGCGUCAUCGAUCCGUCGGCCACGGACGACCAAAUCGAAGAAGAGCUUUACAAAUUGACGACAAUGCAAACCAGAGUGUUCGUAGUACACAUGGUUCCGUCGUUAGCAGCUCGAUUAUUCAUGAAGGCCAACGAGAUCGGAAUGAUGACAGAAGGCUACGCUUGGAUUCUAACCGGCGUAACAACAAACGUACUCGAUUCCAUGGAUUCCUCUGUUCUAAACGCCAUGGAAGGAGCUUUAGGUGUAAAAGCAUACGUCCCAAAAUCACUAGAACUCGACAGUUUCAAAAUCAGAUGGAAACGAAAAUUCCUAAUCGAAAAUCACAUCCUCAACGAACCUCAAUUAGACGUCUUUGGAUUAUGGGCUCACGAUGCAGCUCGAGCAUUAGCAAUGGCGGUUGAGAAAACAGGGGACACAGAGUUCAGAUACAAAAACAACCCAAUAAAUGAAUCGAAGAAUAAUCUCACGGAUCUUCAAACUUUGGGGGUUUCUGAAAAUGGGGAGAAAAUUCGAGAGGCGUUGUGGGAGAUGAAGUUCAAAGCGCUAACAGGGGAUUACAGGAUUGUGAAGGGGGAGCUUCAAUCGGCGAGUUUUGAGAUUGUGAAUGUGAAUGGGAAUGGGGAGAAAAGGGUGGGAUUUUGGAAUGUGGAAAACGGGUUGACUAAGAAUUUGAGUCAGAGUGGGACAAAACCAGUGAUUUGGCCGGGGGAUACGGCGGCGGAGCCGAAAGGGUGGGAGUGGCCAGUGGCGGGGAAGAAGCUGAGAAUUGGGGUGCCGGUGAAGGAAGGGUACAGUGAGUUUGUGAGAGUGUGGAAAAACGGAACAGGGGCUGAAGGGUAUUGUAUGGAUGUUUUUGAUGCAGCAAUUGGGAUGCUUCCUUACGCCGUUCCGUUUGAUUACGUUCCGUUCGCAUUUCCGAACGGUUCUAGCGCUGGAUCGUACGAUGACCUCAUCAUCAAAGUUAAUGAAGGGUUCUUCGAUGGCGCAGUAGGAGACAUAACAAUCAUAGCAAACAGAUCCAACUACGUAGACUUUACAUUGCCAUUCACAGAAUCAGGAGUUUCAAUGGUGGUUCCAACACAAGGCAACUCCAAAAACAGAGCAUGGCUUUUCUUAAAGCCUCUAACUUUAGACCUUUGGAUCACAAGCUUCUGCUUCUUUGUCUUCAUGGGCUUUGUUGUUUGGAUACUCGAACACAGAACCAACGAACAAUUUCGUGGUCCUCCCUCUCAUCAAAUCGGCACAAGCCUCUGGUUUUCCUUCUGCACCAUGGCCUUUGCUCAAAGGGAAAGCUUGGUAAGCAAUUUGGCAAGAUUCGUGGUGUUGAUAUGGUUUUUCGUUGUGUUUAUUCUGACUCAGAGCUACACAGCAAGCUUGACUUCUCUGUUAACAGUUCAACAAUUGCAACCAACGAUUACAGAUAUAAAUGUGUUGUUGAAGAAUCAACCAUGGGUGGGAUAUCAAGAUGGUUCGUUUGUUUUCGGGUUGUUGCGCUCUGUUGGGAUUGAGAAACUUAGGCCUUAUGAUGCUCCUGAUCAACUCCAUGAGAUGUUUAGACUUGGAAGCAAUAAUGGCGGAAUUGAUGCUGCUUUUGAUGAAAUCUCUUAUGUUAAACUCUUCCUUUUUAAGUUUCCUGAUAAGUACAUCAUGGCUGAUCCCAGCUACAAAACCGAUGGAUUUGGAUUUGCAUUUCCAAUGGGUUCGCCAUUGGUGGCUGACGUGUCAAGAGCCGUUUUAAAUGUGACGGAAAGUGAGAAGAUGAACCAAAUACAAAAGAAAUGGUUUGGUGAACAAUGCAACUCGUUGCCUACUGGCUCAAAGGUCACUUCUUCAAGGCUCAACCUUGACAGUUUUUGGGGGCUAUUUCUCAUUACCGGCAGUGCUGCAAUCAUUGCUCUUAUUGUCUACUUUAUCAUUUUUCUCUGCAAAGAACAGCACACGCUCCGUCGCACUGUCAAUGAAGGCUCGAACUCUUCCUUUCGAGAUAAAAUUCGAGCGUUGCUCAAAACUUACGACCAAAGAGACUUGACUUCACAUACAUUUAGAAAGAGUAAUCUUCAUCAGGGGGACAAAACGAUUCGUAUGAUCGACGGUGGGUCCGUUAAAGCCUCACCGAGUCGAUCAAAUUAUUCAGUUAAUGACACUAACUUUGAGUUAUUCUCUGAAUCGGGGAAUUCGAGUCCCAUGAAUCAUCGAGCUUUGGAAAUGGUGGUGAGACCUACCAUGGAGACAGCUUUGGGAAAUGGAGAAGAAAUAACUGAAAUCCAUGUGAAUAAUAAUUGAUUAGUCCGUAGGUUUUAGUUUUGGGGGGCUGAAGUUGGGAAUUUGGAAAGUUUUUGGGUGUACUUUUUUGUGGAUAGAUUUGACUUUCUUGUACACUACAAAAACUCCCUUUGCUAGCGACUAGGUUUUUUUUUCCCUCU